GGAACCUGAGGGGCUGGCCUGGGAGGGGAUUGGGGCCCGGCUUCCUGAAGGGAAGGCUAGGGCAGGCACAGUGCCGGAGAAGAUGCCCUCCUGGGCCCUCUUUGUGGUCACCUCCUGCCUCCUCCUGGCCCCCCAAAACCUGGCAAAAGUCACCAGCCAAGAUGUCUCCUUGCUGGCCUCGGACUCAAAGCCCCUCAACUGUUUCUCCCAAACAUUCGAGGACCUCACUUGCUUCUGGGAUGAGGAAGAGGCAGCACCCAGUGGGACAUAUCAGCUGCUGUAUGCCUACUCAGGAGAGAAGCCCCGUGCCUGCCCCCUGAGUUCCCAGAGCGUGCCCCCCUUUGGAACCCGAUACAUGUGCCGGUUUCCAGGCCAGGAUGAAGUACGCCUCUUCUCUGAGCUGCACCUCUGGGUGAAGAAUGUGUUCCUGAACCAGACUCUGACUGAGUGGGUGCUGUCUGUGGAUACUGUGGGUCUGCCAGCUCCCCCCAGUAUCAUCAAAGCUGCGAGCGGGAGCCAACCAGGGGAACUUCAGAUCCUCUGGGAGGCUCCAGCUCCUGAAAUCAGUGACUUCCUGAGGCACGAACUCCGUUAUGGGCCUGUGGACCCGAGGAAUGCCACUGGCCCCCAGGUCAUGCAGCUACUCCCCACAGAGACCUGCUGCCCCACUCUGCGGAGGCGGAACCCAGUCUCUGCCCUGGACCAGCCUCUGUGCGUUCAACCCACAGCACCUCAACGGGAUCCACCAAGGCACACUUCCCCAAAUGGAGAGGCCCCACCUCUGCCUGUGAUGGGUGGAAGCUGCCUCAUUUCUGGGCUCCAGGCUGGCAAUUCUUACUGGCUCCAGCUGCGCAGCCAACCUGAUGGAAUCUCCUUCAGUGGCUCCUGGGGAUCCUGGUCCCUCCCUGUGACUGUGGACCUGCCUGGAGAUGCAGUGGCAAUUGGACUGCAAUGCUUUUCCUUGGACUUGAAGAAUGUUACCUGUCAGUGGCAGCAACAGAACCGUACUCGAUCCCAAGGCUUCUUCUACCACAACAAGGCCCAGUGCUGCCCCAGAGAAAGGGACCCCAUCUGGGAGAAGUGUGAAGAGGAAAAGGAAACAAACCCAGGAUUACAGCUCCCUCAGCUCUCCCGCUGCCACUUCAAGUCACGGAAUGACAGUGUUAUUCACACCCUUGUAGAAGUGACUACAGCCCAGGGUGUUGUUCACAGCUACCUGGGCUCCCCUUUCUGGAUGCGCCAGGCUGUGCUCAUCCCCACCCCAAACCUGCACUGGAGGGAGGUCUCCAGUGGGCAGCUGGCAUUGGAGUGGCAGCACCCAUCACCUUGGGCAGCUCAAGAGACCUGCUAUCAGCUCCGGUACAUAGGAGAAGGCCAUCAGGACUGGAAGGUGCUGGAACCGCUGCUCGGAGUCCAGGGAGGGAGCCUGGAGCUGCGCCCGCGAUCUCGCUACCGCUUACAGCUGCGCGCCAGGCUUAACGGCCCCACCUAUCAAGGCCCCUGGAGCGCCUGGUCUGAGACGGAGUGGGUGGAGACAGCCUCGGAGCCGGCCUGGAUCUCCUUGGUGACCGUUCUGCUCCUGGUGCUGGGCCUCAGCGCCCUUCUUGGCCUGCUGCUGCUGAGGUGGCAGUUUCCUGAGCAAUACAGGAGACUGAGGCAUGCCCUGUGGCCCUCACUUCCAGACCUACACCGGGUCCUAGGCCAGUACCUUAGAGAUACUGCAGCCCUGAGUAUGCCCAAGGCCACAAUCACAGAUACCUAUGAAGAAGUGGAACCCAGCCUCCUUGAGAUCCUACCUAAAUCCUCAGAGAGGACUCCCUUGCCCCUAUGUUCCUCCCAGGCUCAGAUGGACUACAGAGGAUUGCAGCCUUCCUGCCUAGGGGCCAUGCCCCUGUCUGUGUGCCCACCCAUGGCUGAGUCAGGGUCCUGUUGUACUACACAUAUUGCCAACCAUUCCUAUCUACCAUUAAGUUGUUGGCAGCAGCCCUGAAGACGAGCCUCUCCUCCCAGGAACCUGGACAGAUAUAGACUUUUCUGCAAAAUGCCCUUAACCUAUACCCCAACACCACACCUCAGACUUCACCUCCAUCCCCUCUGUCUACCAGCCUGCUUGGGCUUCUUAGCACUGAUCAUUUCCAUAGUGCUGUUGACACACCCAGGGCCCUUUCAGCAGAGGCAGGCUCCUUUGACUAAGGUCUUCUGACUUUCACUCUCUCUCUCUCCUCUUGGAUGCCAAACUCCUUGCAAAGAAGUCCACACUUUACUAUUGAUUUCUUCAGAGACUUCAGUUAGUACUACUCCUGCAACUUUGCUAACGAAACUGCCCAGCCAAAGUUCCUUUCAAAUCCUCUAAUUGCAAGUUUUAAUAGGAUCUUGUUAAUCAUCAAAUCAUUUGAUCUCUCUGUGGCAUUUGUGGUUGAUUCGUUUCUCCUUUAAAUUCUCUGCUAUUUUGGUUUCCUCAGUAUCACCUUCUCUCCUAGUUUUACACCUGUCUUUCUGAGUAUACUGGAAGUUAAGAGAAUAAAUCUGGAGUCAGUGCUGUGUUCAAUUCCUGUCUUUCAUACUUGCUAGCUGUGCAACCUCAGGCAAAUAACUGAAUGCCUUUGAGCCUUAGUUUCUCAUGUGUAAAACAGACAAUAACAGUCCCUCAGAGAGUUGUGAAAAAUAUUGCGAUAAUCUAAAUGCUUAAUAUAUCUGAAUUACUAUUGUAAUUACUUCUUCUUAAUCUCAUAUUCUAGGAUUUUUUCCUAUCCUUGAU